AUGGCAUUCGGAGGUGGUGCGGAGGUGGUGCAGAGGUGGUGCGGAGGUGGUGCAGAGGUGGUGCGGAGGUGGUGCAGAGGUGGUGCAGAGGUGGUGCAGAGGUGGUGCAGAGGUGGUGCAGAGGUGGUGCAGAGGUGGUGCAGAGGUGGUGCAGAGGUGGCGUAUCUGCACCAACACUUCCGGUGGGUGCAAAAUGCGAAUGAUGCGAAUCCUGAUCUGCUGCGUCCCCAGGGAACGAGAAUAGACCGCAUCGAGUACCACGUGGAGCACGCGGUGGAUUACGUCCUGACAGGCGCUGACACUACCAGAGACGCCCAUAUUGGAACAUGUAACCGGGUGAGUGGGUGA